AUUUGUUUAACUAGAGUUGAAAAAUUGUUUACCGCUGCAUCGGAAGCUUCCUCAAUGACUCCACAGCAGCAGGAAGGCCUGCUCGGAGUCCACGUUCGUAUCAGUCGCUCCGAAUUUUUCAAAGCACACCACAUUUGUCUUUGCUUAUUCCCCUCUCUUUCUCUAUGUGGAAAAAAAUUCACUACUAUUUUCCAGAGCUCCAACAUUAUCGAACUAUUUUUUAAAAUUGCUGAAUUUCUUCUCCUCCUCCGUCUUGGUUUUUCUCCCUGGGUCGUACUAUAAUAACUUCAUCUAAAUUUAUUAUUAGUAGCUUCAUUGAUCCAAAUAUUUUUUACCAUAACGUAUUCUUCGAAUCUGUUGUCGCUGGCCGACGCGAUUACAAGCUUUCUUUCCUACUUUGUAUAAUAUUUGAAUCACCAUUUGGGUUAGAUCUGAAGAAGAAGAACAUCAUCUUGCUUCAGAACCAGCUGCUGCUUCUGCAUCUCCAAGUCCUCCUUCCGAAUCCUGAUUUGUCUUCAAUUUGACUGCGCCAAGGUUAAGGGACACAGCUAGAAACCUCCUCAACUUUACUUUACUUGGCUCUUUUGAAUUCAAAGCUAUUUACAUCCUGCCAUUCCCUCUAGCCGCCUGCAGAACUCAUUGGGGGUACAAUUUCGAUGAACAAGUUCCAGCGUAGAAGCUGCUGAGACCAUUUAUCUCAUAAUGGAUGUAAAUUACAUUUGAACUGGGUCUAACAAAAUCAGUGAUGGAUGCAGUUGAACAACAUCUGUAUUUCCUACAUACUUGUUAACUGUCUUCAGCACUCCAUUUAUCUAUGGGAGAGUGGGUUAUUGGAGCAUUCAUCAAUCUUUUUGGCAGCAUUGCCAUUAACUUCGGGACUAACCUUCUUAAAUUGGGUCAUGACGAGAGAGAAAGACAUUCUGUAGUUGGCAAUGAUGGGGCAAAUGGAAAAGCGUUAAUGAAGCCUAUUAUAUACUUCCAAACCUGGAGAAUCGGUAUCAUUUUUUUCAUUCUUGGAAACUGUCUUAAUUUCAUUUCAUUCGGCUAUGCUGCUCAGUCCCUUCUUGCAGCUCUAGGAUCUGUCCAAUUUGUUUCGAACAUUGCAUUUGCCUACUUUGUGCUGAACAAAACCGUGACUGUCAAAGUACUUGUUGCCACAGCCUUUAUUGUUCUCGGGAACAUCUUCCUUGUGGCUUUUGGAAACCACCAAUCACCAGUUUACACACCUGAGCAGUUGGCAGAGAAGUAUGGAAAUGCUACUUUCCUGAUUUACUGCCUGAUUCUGGUUAUUGUUGUCUGCUUGAAUCACUCAAUAUAUAGAAGAGGAGAACUGCUGCUUGCUGUUCCAGGGAAUGACAUUAAGCCCUACUGGCACAUGCUUCUCCCACUUUCUUAUGCUAUUGUUUCUGGUGCUGUGGGAUCAUGUUCAGUGUUGUUUGCGAAGUCUCUAUCUAAUCUGUUGAGAUUGUCCAUCUCAAGUGGUUAUCAGUUGCAUAGUUGGUUCAUGUACUCCAUACUACUACUAUUUUUUACUACGGCUGGGUUUUGGAUGGCAAGGCUGAAUGAAGGAUUGUCUCUGUUUGAUGCAAUACUCAUUGUCCCCAUGUUUCAGAUUGUUUGGACUUUCUUCUCCAUUUGUACAGGAUUUGUAUAUUUCCAGGAAUAUCAGGUAUUUGAUGCAUUACGAACUACAAUGUUCAUACUAGGAAUGAUUUCUGUAUUCAUAGGCAUUUCUUUGUUGGCACCUGAUGAAUCAAAAGUGAUUUUAUCAGGAGGGGAAAUCAAAGAUACAGCACUGGUUUCUGUUACUUCAAAUCAUCCAAACAAUGCGGACAGACUUAUCAUGCCAGCUGGAGAUUCACAAAUUAAAGACAUGAAAUCACUUCUGCGCAUGGUGCAGAUGAAAGCUGCAAGCUUGAUUGUCAAGACUAAGGCUGCUUGUUCAUUAUCAUUGGGUUUGGGAGAAGAAUCAAUUCAUGCAUCAUCAGUUCUUGUGAUGCCUAUGGUUCCAUCUAAAAUAAAUGGUUUCAGAGGGAAUGUUCUCGAUGGGACCAAGUUAUUCUCCUUUAGAGCCCCAGGUUGGAGUAGGAUUGAUGAGGAUGGUGAGCAUUUACUGGGAACAAGAACGCUUCCAUAGAGCAUGUAGGACUGGUUCACAUGCACAACAUUCAUCCUAGACUGACUUUUAUACUCUGUUUCAGGCCUUUGUAUUUUUGAGAACUCAGUUGGAUAUGUUCUCAUUGUUCUGGAAAAGGGAACUUCUAAUCUCGCUGUUUUUAGCUUUCCCGUGAAAAUCAGUCGAAGUAGUUAAUCAGAUAUGUGCCCGAGUGGUUUCCUCCAGGAUACUGUUUUUUACCAAAGUGGUGCAUAAUUAGAAAAAUUGGAAAACUUUUAGUUUCCUGCAA